AUGACAGCCGUGUUGGACGGAAGGGUGUCCGGCGGGCGUCCGGCCGACCUCCAGAGCCCCUUCCCCGGGACCCCGACCAUGCACCAGGCCGCCCCCCACCCUCCCCCGCACCCCCACCCCCACCGCCCCCCGACCUCGCAGGACUCGCCCACCAGGCCGGAGUCCACGGCCCCCCACUCGGACUUGUACGGCCCGUCGGGGGGCUACGGGACCGGCGCCAAGGCCUUCCCCUACCAGUACCCCGGGCUGGGCGGGCCGGCCGGACACUACCCCGCCAAAGUCUACCCCGAUUUCGGCUAUUCGACCCCCUACCCCCAGUACGGAGCAGGGGGAGGGGGCUACGGCCGGCCCCCGGGACCCUCCUGCCACACAGAGAAAGAGGCGGCGGAGCCGGAGGUGAGGAUGGUGAACGGCAAGCCGAAGAAAGUGCGCAAGCCUCGCACCAUUUAUUCCAGCUUCCAGCUGGCCGCCUUGCAGAGGCGAUUCCAGAAGACCCAGUACCUGGCCCUGCCCGAAAGGGCCGAAUUGGCCGCUUCCCUCGGCCUCACCCAGACCCAGGUGAAAAUCUGGUUCCAGAACAAAAGGUCCAAGAUCAAGAAGAUCAUGAAGAACGGCGAGCUGCCUUCAGAAUACAGCCCCAGCUCCAGCGACCCCAUGACCUGCAACUCUCCGCAAUCCCCCGCCCCGUGGGAGCCCCGGCCGACCCCCCGCACCCUCGCCCACCAGGCCCACGCCCACCCCACGGCGUCCAGUACGUCCCCCGCCGCCUCGGGCUACCUGGACGGUUCGGCGGGCUGGUACCCGGCGCCCGGCAACCUCGGAUCCCACUUACAUCCCCACGGAUCCCCGCAGCAGCUCCUCACCCUCGCCUCGGGGUCGCUCUACUAGCGCGGGGCCACCGCCGGUCCCGCUCGCCCGCCUCCUUCCCCCGACUGUCCGUCCGUCCGUCCGUCGGGGAACCCGGCUGUCCAUCCCAAGAUCCGCCUCCAAACGCGUCUGUCCAGCUCCCCGUCUGUCCGGCUCCAAACCGGUCUGUCCGGCUCCGGACUCGUCUGUCCGGCUCCCCAUCUCUCCGGCUCCGAACCCCUCUGUCCAUCUCUCUAUCCGUCUCCAAACGCGUCUGCCCAGCUCCCCAUCCGUCCAUCUCCAAACGCGUCUGCCCGGCUCCCCAUCCGUCCAUCUCCAAACGCGUCUGCCCGACUCCCCAUCUCUCCGGCUCCAAACCCCCCUGUCCAUCUCUCUAUCCGUCUCCAAACGCGUCUGUCCAUCUCCCCAUCUGUCCAUCUCCAAACCCGUCUGUCCGGCUCCGGACUCGUCUGUCCAGCUUCCCACCUAUCCGGUUCCAACCCGACUUCAAACGCGUCGGUCCACUCCUCAUUUGUCCGGCUCCAAACCCCUCUGUCCAUCUCCUUAUCCGUCUCCAAAUGCGUCUGUCCGUCUCCCGAUCAGUCCGGCUCCAAACGCGUCUGUCCGGCUCCGAACCCCUCUAUCUCCUUAUCCGUCUCCAAACGCGUCUGUCCAUCUCCCCGUCUGUCCGGCUCCAAACCCCUCUGCCCCUCCCCAUCUGUCCAGCUCCAAGCGCCUCCGUCCACCUCCCGAUCCAUCCGGCUCCAAACCCCUCCGUCCAUCUCUUUAUCCGUCCCCAAACCCGUCUGUCCACCUCCCCACCCGUCCUUCUCAAAAUCCUCCCGCCUGGCCAUCCCCAAAACCCGUGUCCGGCUCUCUCUCCCUGUCUUUCCGUCUCCACCUCCAAAACUCUUCCCUCCCGCGCUCUCUCCGUCUCUCGGUCCCUCUGUGGGUUUAAUUUUCUUUAAUCCCUUUCCCCUCCCUACCUCUCUUCACUGGGCUUUUACUCUUUUUACAGAGAGAAUUCAGAGAAGGCGGAGGGUGUGUGUAUGUGUGUUUGUGUAUUCAUUUGUGUUGUUUUUUAAGCUAGGAGAAAGAGUGAGAGAGGAUGAGAGAGAGCGAGCGGUUGCUAUUCAUGGCUCAAGCUCCGUCCCUGUAAAUUAUUUUAUUUCCGAGGAAAGCCCCCCUUCCUCCCUCCCCCCUUUUUCUUUUUUAACCGACGGACUCUUUUGGGCUUAACUGUGGACACUUUCAAAGGUGCCUUGAAAUCUAUGACCUCAACUCUUCCAGAGACUUUUUGCUCCCCGUUAUUUUCACCGUGUAAAUACGUGUAGAUAGAGGAAUUAAACUGUAUAUUCUGGGUAAAUAAAAUUAUUUCGACCAUGAGAGAAAAGCGGCA